AUGGAGAACAAGUCGGAGCCGACGGUGAACAAGAAUCAGAAGAAGGCCAACCUUCUAGAUCACCACUCGAUCAAGCACAUUCUCGACGAGUCCGUCUCCGAGAUCGUUGCCAGUCGUGGAUAUGCUGAAGAUGUCAGGAUGAGCAAUGUCAGGUUGUUUCUCGGGACUGUCAUUAUUGCCGUUGCUCUCGUUGCUCAGUUUUACAAGAAGAAGUUCCCGGAGAACAGAGACUUUUUGAUCGGUUGCAUCGUAUUAUAUCCUUCUUGCAAGUAUGUAGUCCUCAACGUGGUGUUGCAGCUGAUCAUAUUCAUAAAGGAAAAGAACGCCAUCUUGUUCACUUACCCUCCUAAGGGAUCUUAUACAAGUACCGGUUUGAUGAUCUCUUCCAAAUUACCAAGAUUCGCUGAUGACUACACACUUACUAUAGCAAGUGCUGAUCCAAAGUCAAUUUCUGCUGGGAAGACAGUGGAGUUUACUAAAAGUGUUACAAAAUGGUUCACUAAGGAUGGAGUGCUGGUGGAGGGCCUAUUCUGGAAGGAUGUUAACUCUCUAUUAGACGAGUAUGCAGGGGAGGUAAAGAAGAGCAAGUGA